CCAAUCCAAGAUCUUAAAACAGUCUCAUCCUCACUAGCAUGAACAUCUCACUCUGCUCACCUCCGAUACUCAGACUUUCUCAGUUUCUCAAUAACUGCACUACUCCACUGCAAUAUCUCUGAUGUUCAACCCUCACUUACCCUUUCAGUUCUUCGUAUCUCUACCUCAACAUCAACUCCAUUACAUCAACCCAAACGCCCGAACACCACUCUAAACCACACAUACAAAACACGCAACCUCACUUAAAUCCAAAAUGGGAAAGUCGUUCCAAAAAGUCAACGCCUGCUGUGCAGGCAACUUCGGAGAAAACAGCGAGAAGAUACCCCAGUGGCUGCGUGCAAACGGUGGCACGUAUUCGAAAGAGAUGAAUCCAGACAUUACUCAUUUAAUCACUACUGAAUCUGCAUUUAAGCGGAACGUUGAACCUGUUCAAGCUGCGAAACGGAUGAAGCAUGUGAAGAUCGUCUCGUACGAUUGGCUAGAGGACUCAUUGAUGUCCAAGACCCGUAGACCGAAGCGCGAGGGUCCUUAUCUCUGGGAGAAGUUACUGGGUAGAAAGACGAAGAAGAAAGCUACGAAGGCUGAUAAGAAGGGAAAGUCUACGAAGAGGCGUAAUGGCAGUGCAGCAAAGUCACUCGAGAAAACCCGGAAGGGAUCUCGUGCAGUUAUUGAUGAUAUGGCAAGAGCGGGCUAUCAUUUGUGCGCAGACAAGGAAACUGGUGUUACAUACUGUGCGACGCUUGUCCGACCAACGUCUGUGACUGGUCGUAAUGAAAAAUAUCAACUCAAACUUUAUGAAUCAAAUGCAGAACCACACGUAUACGCGACCUAUGUCAAAUACAGUCGUGUCGGCAAAUCAGGCACGGAGCUUGUGGCUCCGCGAGGAAGCAGUUUCGAUGUAGCUAUGACAGCGUACAAAAAGUUCUUUAAGAUAAAGACCGGGAAAAGUUGGGAUGAGAGGUUCGAUGGUAAACUACCUGAGGCUAAGAAGGAUCAUGAAGGAAAUGUUCUUCCGCCUGACGAGGGGUGGUUCCGUCAUGAGUUGCCUAAGGGUCUCCUUGCGAGCUUGCUCAUGCAGACAGAGAUCGCUGUUGCUGCGUCAAGUGCGCCGUGUUCAAAGGGGGAGGAUGACCAGUCUGAGGAUCGAACGGAAGAACCAAGUCCUGCUUUGCCAGUAAACAUCCCUGAAGACCCAAAGGAAGAGUACGACAAUAUAGCUCUUUCGGAUGAUAGCAACCAGGGCGAUGUUGACGAGGAGGGCUCUUGCCCUGAGGAGGAGAUGGAGUCCAUCACUGAGGCGGGCGAAGAAUGAGGUUGCAGUAUCGACGAUUGUGGCGUUCAUCGGGUGAUUGGGGUCCUGCUCGCACUUGGACAAGGGGAUCUGGGGGUCUAAACCGCUUAGUUCAGAAGGUUCUCAUCAUAAUGUUAUUGCUUCGUUUAGAUUCGGAUCACAUAACCGGGAAUCAAAAAUCGCCAGUCUAUAUUAAUCUCUCGUAUCUGAGUUUUCUAAAUGCUCUUGAUCCGAACCGUCGGCUUUUCGAUAUAUUACAGCAGCCUCAUAUUGUUUU